UCUCUCUCUCUCUCUCUCUCUCUCAACCAUGAAAAGCCUAUGCAUUGAUCUUUUUAAGAAUUGCAGUGCAACCAGUUUGGCGGGUACUAGGAGCAGCAGAGUUUUAACUUACAGGUUUCAGAGAACCAACUAUCAGACGCAUCUGCCCUCCACCAAACUUACAUUCUCUUCCUACUCUACUAAAACUUGCUUUGCAACUCUAUCAACUGUAACCUCGGAGGUGGAAGAAAAGCAAACAUUCAAUCCUGACAAAGCUGGCGAGCUAGUUAAGGAGCUGCGGAACAGUUUCAAUUCGGGUAGGACGAAAAGCUAUGAGUGGAGAAUGUCACAGUUGGAGAACAUUGCAAAGAUGCUUGAAGAGAAAGAGAAAGAGAUUACUGAAGCUCUUUACAAGGACCUCUCGAAGCCUGAAGUCGAAGCAUUUAUAUCCGAGUGCUUGUUCAUAUCAUACACUACAAUUGUGAAUCUGAAAAGCAAAACAAAGGUCUAUUCUAGAGGCUACUGGGACACUGAUUUAGUAUCUGUCAAUGUGAUACCCCAAUUAUGUUG